AUGACACCAAGAUAUUCGCUUGAUUUGGGACACGAGGAAAAGCCUGAAUUUAUCCGAUUCUGGACUGGUGUCGAAGACCUGCCACCCGAAAAAACCCUCCAUCGAUCCAGAACCACUAUGCCGCGAAGAAGAAGACAGUCUCAGGUCGUCCUUGGCCAGAAAUUGCCGGAUAAGCCCGUUCGUGUGCCCCUGUCUUUACGACUCAGGAUACCCUCAUCAAUGGAGCCCCCAUCGAGCUCGCCUUUACGGGACCUGGCCAUCCGUUCUGACCGGAGUUACUCAUGUCUUGGCAACUAUAACAUGGACGCGUCGAACAUCGAUGAAUAUAAUUAUAAUCCAAAGAAUAGGUCAAAAAACUGUUUUUCCCUUUUUUGGGCAAUUUAG